AUGUUUUUAUGUACUUGCAUUCUACUAGCUGUACUUUGCAUUUUAAUUAUUGCGUAUUUAUGGCAUAUUCGAUCGACGUACGAAUUUUUUACAAAACUUAAUAUCCCUGGCCCACCACCCGUACUCUUUUUUGGAAAUUUUCUUGAUAUUAUCAAAAGCAAACGAUCAUCUUUGAGUAUUCAUAAAUGGACUGAAAAAUAUGGUCGUAUUUUUGGUUAUUUCGAAGGACAUUCACCUAUCUUAGUUGUAUCUGAUCCAGAUGUUCUACAAGAUGUAUUUAUUAAAUCAUUCUCAAAUUUUCAUUCUCGUCGUUCAUUUCCAUUGGAGAAACGAGAUGGCAGAGAUGUUCAUCUUUUCGGAGCUACUGGUCUACGUUGGAAACGACAACGAUUUGUUAUUAAUCCUACAUUUUCAUCUGCUAAACUCAAACAAAUGUCACCAUUAAUUCAUCAAAGUAUUGAUGUGUUGAUGGAAAAAUUAUCUAAUGAAUAUAAAAAAGGAGAACCAUUUGAUAUAUAUGCAUAUUUUAAACGAUUUACUAUGGAUACAAUAUGGUCAUGUGGUUUUGGUGUUGAUACAGAUAUGCAAAAUAAUAUCAACGAUCCGUAUCUUACUCAUUCGCAGGAUAUUUUUAAGCCAAAAUUUCGAUUAAAUGUUAUUCUUGCUUUAUUUAUUACCGAACUAAAGCUUUUCUGGGUAAAAUUAGACGAAGUACAAAGUGUCAUUCGAAAUUGGAUUCGUCAUCAUAUUCCUAUAACAAAAACAUUUAUUGGUUCAAGUCCAGUAAAAUGGAUUAUGAAAGAAACAAAGAAGGUCAUUGAUAAACGUCAACUCAUUGGUCAAACAAAUCGAACUGAUUUAUUACAAUUAAUGCUUGAAUCAGCAACCGAUAAAGAUAUUAUUCAUGAUCGUCGAGCAUCAUUUGUUACGAACGAUGACACAGGUGUUGAAAUGCCACUUAUUCGAAAACUUACUAAACAUGAAAUUGCAUCUAAUGUUUUUCUCUUUAUGAUUGCUGGAUAUGAAACAACAAGUACAGCACUUAGUUAUGUUACUUAUGUUCUUGCAACUCAUCCAGAAGAACAACAGAAAUUACAAGAACAUAUCGAUACACAUUUUAAUCCUGAAAAUGAACAUGAUAUGCCAUCUUAUGAUACUAUUUCACAAAUGGAUUAUUUAGAUAUGUUCAUUCGAGAAACACUUCGAAUGUAUCCGAUUGUACCAAUAGCUAUUAAUCGUCAAAGUACAGAAGAUUUUCAAAUCAAAGGUAUUGGUACAAUUCCAGCUGGUACAAUUAUUGGUAUUGACAUGCUUACUUUACAUUUUGAUAAUGAUUUAUGGGGUCCCGUUGAUCCGCAUAUCUUUUAUCCUGAACGAUUUGCUACUAAACGUCAUCCAAUGGCAUGGAUACCAUUUGGCGCCGGGCCACGUAAUUGUGUUGGAAUGCGUUUUGCUUUAAUGGAAAUGAAAAUGACUCUUAUUCGUCUACUUAAAUUAUAUUCAUUAGUUAGUUGUGGUGAUAAAACAGAAAAAGCAUUUAAAAAUUUACAUGAAGCUUUUGUUAUUGCUCCUUCCGAAGCUAUUAUACGUUUAGAACGUCGUAAUGAACAUCAUGACUAA